AUGGCCGAAGACAGACAGCCCGCUGAUGUUGUGGAAGGUGCCACAUCAGGCGACGUUGAGGACGAGGUCCAGCCCACCGCCAAGUCCGCUGAAGACCGCAAGGCCGCAGCGGCCCUGUCCAAACUUGAUGCUCGCGGGGAUGACGAAGGGGCUGGCCGCGAGGUCGACCAGGAAGCCAUCAAAAAUGCUAUGAGCUCUUUGGGUGGUGGCGGCGACAAGAAGAAGGAGACCAAGACGGUCAAGGUAGAUGCGGCCGACGUCAAGCUUCUGGUCGACGAGCUCGAGCUGCCUAAGAUUAAAGCGACCGAGCUUCUCAAGUCCCAUGAUGGCGAUGCCGUGAAAGCCCUGAGGGCCUACCUACAGCCCGCUUUCUAA